AUGUCUGUGACGCCACCUCCUUCUGCUAAAAAUGAAGAAAUGAUUUGUCUGUGGAAGCAAUGCAAUCGCAGCUUUGAAGAUCCUGAAUUGCUUUAUCAACAUUUGGCAAACGAUCACGUUGGAAGAAAGUCUACAGGAAAUCUAUGCCUUAAAUGUCAUUGGGAUAAAUGUGAGGUUCAAACAACUAAGAGAGAUCAUAUUACCAGUCAUUUAAGAGUUCACGUACCAUUGAAGCCACAUGUUUGUCCUCGCUGUCGUAAGGCUUUCAAACGACCCCAAGAUUUAAAAAAGCAUGAGAAAAUUCAUUCUGAAGAACAUCAAGCAUCAAUUUUAGGAAAAAAUAACAGACAUAAAAAUAAUCAACCACCUACUCCUCCACAAAAUCCAAUCGAUGAUCCUUCAAUUUCUUAUACUUCUUCUCCACCACAAAUACCUCCCUCGCCAGAAAGUGAAACUUCCGAUAUAGUCUAUAAAUAUCAGCAGUUAUCUGGUCAAGAAAUUCUUGGUGUUGAUUAUGCAAAUUUUGGUCCACCUUCAUUUGAUCUAGAUUACAAUUUCAAUCCUCCAUUAUCUACAACUAAUAUUAUUAAACAUAACCAUAAGCGCAGUGUAGAUUUUGUGGAUGAAUUCAUUCAGGAUGUAAAAAGAAAUAAAGUAGACCCCCAGUAUAGUGAAGGAGUUUUUGAUCAAGGCCUUAGCAAAGAUAAUAUUAAUCUAAUCAAUUAUCAAAAAGAAGAUUUAGUUGGAGUCGGUGAUUUCAUGAAACACCUUUUAAAAGAUAUUGAAGGCAAUGAUAAUGAUAAUGAGCUUAAUAUUAACUCUGGAUCGGUAAACUCUAAUAUUUAUCCUUUUCAACCCGAAGAAUUUAGCGAUGGUAGCCUUUAUCCACAUGUUGAUAAUGUUAACCCUCCAAGUACUGAUGUAGAACACAGUGCUUUAUCUUAUACAAAUUCCUAUCCUGACAUGGUCCAACACAAUAUUUCGUUUAACACUUCAGUUGUAUAUCCUAUGCACGGACUGACAACUCCAUAUAUACCUCAGGGUCUCCUAAUCUGGAUGAAUCAAAAAACGCUCCUAAACUGGAUGAAUCAAAAAAACGCUCCUAAACUGGAUGAAUCAAAAAGCGCUCCUAAACUGGAUGAAUCUAUUGACGACGAUGAACAGGAUGAAGAAUUAGUUAAACGGUUUGAAAAGUUGAAAAUAUUUAGUAAGCAGGAUAAAAAAACUAAAAAAACUUUACGGGAAAGUGCUGUACUUGUUUCCAUUAUCUAUGAUAAAAUCAAUCGAUUGAUUAAUCAGCUUGACGCACGUCCACAAUUGAUUGAUCAGCCGGAUACACGUCCGAAAACUGUGACAGAUUACGUAGAUG